AUGGGAAAUCACACACAAGUGACAGUGUUUAUCCUGGCAGGUUUGACUGAUGAUCCACAAUUGAAAGUUGUGCUAUUUGUCUUCCUGCUUCUCACCUACCUGCUAAGUGUCACUGGCAAUCUGCUCAUCAUCACACUCACCCUGGUGGAUAUCACCCUCAAGACCCCCAUGUAUUUUUUCCUUCGGAAUUUUUCCUUCCUAGAAAUUUCCUAUACUACCACAUGCAUUCCCAAAUUGUUGGUUGCUAUGGCAACUGGGAACAAAACCAUUUCCUUUAAUUGUUGUGUUACUCAAGUGUUUUUUGCCUUCCUUCUUGGUGCAUCUGAAUUUUACUUGCUGGCAGCCAUGUCCUAUGACCGCUAUGUUGCCAUCUGUAAGCCCCUGCACUACACAACCAUCAUGAGCAGUAAGAUCUGCAUGCAACUUGUCUUCUGUUGUUGGCUUGCUGGGUUUUUUGUCAUCUUUCCACCUCUCCUCUUAGGCAUAAACCUUGACUUCUGUGCCUCCAACGUUGUUGAUCAUUUCUACUGUGAUACAACUCCCCUGCUGCAGAUCUCCUGCUCAGACACACAGCUCUUAGAGACCAUGGGAUUCAUUUCUGCAUCAGUGACACUUGUGGUCACGUUGGUAAUGGUGAUAAUAUCAUACAGCUUUAUUGCAUUAACAAUUCUAAACAUCCCUUCAACUAAUCAUAAGAAAAAGGCUUUUUCAACAUGUUCCUCUCACAUGAUUGUGAUAUCUCUUUCUUAUGGCAGCUGUAUUUUCAUGUACUUUAAGCCGUCAGUCAAACAAAGAGUAUCUUUUUCCAAGGGAAUUGCAGUGCUCAAUACCUCCAUUGCCCCACUUUUAAAUCCUUUCAUUUACACUUUACGGAACCAUCAAGUGAAAAAAGCCUUCAUGAACAUGAUACAAAGGGUUGUUUCUUUCUCAAGCAAAUGA